AUGACUGGAUGGGUUGAAGCUGAAGUUGAUCCUCAAAAGCAGAUUAUUGUUGUUGAUAUUCCAUAUUCUGAUGCUACAACUGAUCAGUCCAUUCCAGACACUGUUGUUGUUCCCUUAAAUGUUGUAUAUCCUAGUUCUUGUUUUGAGGGGGAGAUUUCUCAAGAGGAUCCUCAAGGAAUUGAUAAUUAUAUUGACUCUGACAAUGUUCAGCUCGAUCCUCGAAAGAGGAAGGCUUCCUUCUCAGGGGGGGCUUAUGAUGAUGAAGCUGGAAGCUCUUUUGCUGCUGCUGCUGGUGACCUUUCAGCAUCUCCUCCUAAAACGAAAAGGAAACUCAUAUUUGAUCUAAAUGAAUUACUGGAAACACGGAUUUUACCCAUUAAGGUUAAGAAAAUCUUCAAGAAUGAUAUGGAGAAACAACACAUUGUUUCAUACCUAAAUGAUCGAAUUGAUAGGAGGAAUUUUAGAGAUGUUCUUACUCGCAGGUCAAAGCCUGAUCGUAUCAUCAUACUGAUAUGCACCAAAGCGAGGAAUGAGUCAUUGAAGCUUCACUUGGUUAGAAAGAAAACAAAAUAUGAAUACAAUGAAGUUUUUUAUGCUCAUGAGCUAGUUAAAUUUGGCUACAACAAGUGGAUUCAAAUUCAAGAAAUUAUCGACAAAUACAAGGGUGUUCAUGCUCAAGAAGUGAAGUUGUAA